CUCAUUCAUAAAACCGGGAUCUCACCAGCGCAUACAAGACGGCAAGAGAGACACAUGGAGCAAAAGUUGGAUUUAGAAGAACAAUUAUGAAAAUGGGAAUGAAUACAGUUUAAGGUGACCCAUACUGGUACAGUUGCGUUUGAUUCAUCUCUGGUUUUUCAGAGCAUGAGAAAGGACACACUAUUUAAAUCUCCAACAGGACUUUUACCAGGCAUGCUGAAGCGAACCAAAUACAGCCGUCUCCGAAACGAUACGCUCCCGUCUUUGGAGGACCGUCCAAUCCGAGUCCUGCCCUUGAAGAGAAACCUGUGUCUGGACCAGGACCUCUCCCCCCUCCCCUCGGUCCCCUCCACUCUCAGGGACUUCAUGGCCAAUAUUCGGAUCCAGAGCCCCCUACGAGACCGGACUGGACCCCCAAAACCAGUUACAGUCCCAGGACACGGGGACAGGACUGAGCAGAGACUGUUUAAUCAGACUUCUCUGGACAGAGCUGAGAGUUUAUCCCAGAGGUGCACCAAACGCCCCAUCACCCUGCACCGUAUGGCCAGUCUGCCCUGGACCCCCGGCUGUGUCCCCUGUGACCACCACAGACUGAAGUGCUGCUGGGACAGAGCCUACUCCGAGAAGGCCGGAGUGAAGACUGCCAUCCACCAUGAUAUUAAGUACAUGGGCAGUGUGGAGGUCACCCAGUCGAUGAGGACCUUGGACUUCAGAACUCGGAUGCAAGUCACACGAGAGGCGAUAAGCAGACUGUGUGAAAAGAGCUCCACCAAGACGUCAGUCAAGUCCAAAAAGGUGCAGACGGGUCACAAAGGCCUGUGUGUGGUUCUGGGCCAGAGUGACCUGAGCUUCAGCAGGAGCAGAGUCAUCCUCAGUGUGUCCACAGAGAGUCUGAGUCUGCUCUGUGUCUCCUCUCUGCAGAAAAUCGCUCACCACUCGAUGCAGUCCAUCUCCUUUGCCUCUGGGGCCGACCCGGAUAUGGCAGACUACAUUGCUUAUGUGGCUAAGGACCAGGACAAUCGCAGAGCCUGUCAUAUCCUGGAGUGUCCACAGGGGCGCGCUGUAGAAGUCAUAAACAGCAUCGGACAGGCUUUUGAAGCACGAUUCCACCAGAUGCUCAGCCAGUCCUCUCCUCUGCUCAGCCACAGUCGCAGGUCAGUGGACAUUCCCAGAUCACACUCACACACUGACCAAAGACUUGAACCUGGGAUGGACUACUACAACAUGGUCCCAAAGGAGACGCCCCCUGCUGUUGGGACCGAGGAACUACACAUCUCGGAGCGGGACAAGACGCCGGACCAGAUUGUGCAAAGAGUUUGUCCAUCUCCACCUGGGACCUUGUACGAAAACUGCUCCACCUCUGAACAAACAGCGCCCCCUGAAGAGAGUUCAGAGGCCGGCGCAGUUUGCCAAAUAAAAGACUCCAGGAUCCAGGAUGAGGACUGGUUCCACGGCAGACUGGACCGGGAGCAGGCCGAGUCCCUCCUCAGCUCCAGCGGGGACUUCCUGGUGAGAGAGAGCAGCUCGGCGUCGGGGCAGUACGUCCUCAGCGGGAGAGAGGGCGCCACUGUGCGACACCUGCUGCUGGUCGACCCCAACGGACAGGUUCGCACUCGGGACAAAGUCUUUCUCAGCAUCGGCCACCUGAUCCAGUUCUACAUGGAGAGCCAGAUGCCCAUCCAGUCCGGCACAAGCGAACUGUGUCUGAAACAACCCAUCCUCCUGAAGCACUAGCGCCCCCUACAGCCCCUCUGUUUACAGGCAUGCACUGGAAUGCUCACUGUAAAGAAACGGACAUAUUAUUUAGUUAAGAUUUUAUAGGACAUUUAUCACUUUU